ACGGCGUGAGUCUUUGCGACAAACUUUGCCCUUUCGCUUUUCACCGCUUGCCACGAUAUAAUCACCGGUGUUUCAAGUGAAUUCAUAUAAAAUCAAAUAUUUCUUUCUUUUUCUUGAAAUUUUAAAAAAUAAAUAAACAAAAAUGUCUGUGUGGAGAUUCCAGCGUGUAAUUCUUUCAAGAAGACCGUUCUUGAGGCAAAUACCUCAUAGAAAAUUUCACCAAUUGCCAUGUGAGACUCCACAACGUUUGUCAGCUUUGGUAAGCAACUCUGUUAGACUUUUUUCAUCUCAAGCUGCAGCUGAAAACAAAUCUGAAACUGAAUUGCAUAACAUAAUAAAAGACACGGAGAAAGCUUCAGGUGAUAGUUCCAAAUAUGAAUUUCAAUCAGAGACUAGAAUGCUUUUAGAUAUUGUUGCAAAGUCUCUUUAUUCUGAUAAGGAGGUUUUUGUACGUGAAUUAAUUUCAAAUGCAAGUGACGCUUUAGAGAAACUUCGCUACAUAAGAUCUAGUGAAAAUUUAUCGACCGAUGAUGGUGGCGAUAGAAGUUUAGAAAUUCAUAUUGGAACCGAUAAACAAAAUAGAAUUCUUACAAUUCAAGACACUGGAAUUGGAAUGUCUCGCGAUGAAUUAAUUUCAAAUUUAGGAACUAUUGCCCGUUCUGGUUCAAAGGCUUUCUUGGAAAAAUUAAAAGAGAAACAAGGUUUUGAUACUUCAAAUAUUAUUGGACAAUUUGGUGUUGGAUUUUACAGUGCCUUUAUGGUUGCCGAUAAAGUUGAAGUCUACACUAAAUCCUAUCAAAAAGAUUCCGAAGGUCUUUAUUGGAAAACUGAUGGUUCUGGUACUUAUGAGAUUUCAAAUGCUGAUGGAGUUCAACCGGGAACAAAAAUAGUAUUACAUUUACGUACAGAUUGUCGUGAAUUCAGCGAUGACGACACAAUUAACAAGAUUAUAAAAAAAUAUAGUAAUUUUGUUGGAAGUCCAAUUUUUGUUAAUGGAAAAAAAGUCAAUGUUAUUCAGCCUUUGUGGACAAUGGAACCAAAAGAUGUGACACCAGAACAACAUUCUGAAUUUUAUCGUUUUAUUGGCAAUUGUUAUGAUUCACCACGAUUUACAUUACAUUAUACAACUGAUGCGCCAAUUAAUAUUCGAGCUUUACUUUAUUUUCCCGAUGAAAAACCAAGUCUCUUUGAAAGUAGCACGAGUUCAUCAAUUGGAGUUUCUUUGUACAGUCGGAAAAUUUUAAUAAUGAGUAAAGCUGAUACAAUAUUGCCAAAAUGGAUGAGAUUUAUUAAAGGUGUUGUCGAUUCAGAAGAUAUUCCUCUAAAUUUAAGUAGAGAAUUGCUGCAAAAUAGCGCCCUCAUAGCAAAAAUACGAAAUGUACUUACGUCUCGAAUUUUGAAAUUCCUAUACGAUCGUUCAGUGAAACAAACUGAGGAAUUUACCAACUUUUACAAAGACUAUGGUUUCUUUUUAAAGGAAGGAAUUGUAAUGAGUAACGAUUCAACAGAAAAGGAGAGUAUUGGUAAACUUUUAAGAUUUGAAUCGUCUUUAAAAGCACCAGGAGAAUUAGUUAGUCUUCCAGAAUAUUGUAAAAAUCUAACAACAGAACAAAAGGAUAUAUAUUAUUUAUCAGCACCAAGUCGAACAUUAGCUGAACAAUCGCCAUAUUUUGAAUCGUUUAAGAAACGAAAUCUCGAAGUACUUUUCUGUACAGAACCAUAUGAUGAAUUGGUAUUAAUGCAUUUGGGACGUUUUAAUAAUUUUAAUCUUACUUCAGUGGAAAAAGAAUUGAGACAAGAUCCUGAUGCUGAAAAAGAUAAAAAUCAAUUUGAGACAUUAAAUAAGGGAGAUAUUGAUAAUUUAAUAAGCUUCAUGAAAAAAGUAUUGGAUAAAAAAGCUUUUGAAGUAAAAACAACAAAUCGUCUUGAAUCACAUCCAUGUGUUGUCACUGUACAAGAUAUGGCGUCGGCAAGACAUUUUAUUCGAACGCAAAGUAAUAAAUUAGAUGAUAAUUCAAGAUAUCUUUUACUUCAACCACGAUUUGAAAUUAAUCCAAAUCAUCCAAUUAUACAAAAGUUGAUUAAAAUUAGCAGCUCCGACUCUGUUUUAGCUGAAUUACUUACAAAACAGUUAUUUAUGAAUUCAAUGGUUGGCGCUGGACUUGUCGAAGAUCCACGAACAUUACUGACAAGUAUGAACGAGUUAUUAGCAAAAGCUUUAGAAAAACAUUGAUUAAAAAUAGAUGCUGUUGCGACCUAUUUUUUGAUUCUAUUUGUCAACACAAGGCAAUUUUCUAAUUUUUGGGAAAGAUUUCUUUAAAAGAAAAAAAAACAGAUGAGAUCAAAACCUGUGAUUUCUUCAACUAGUGAGUAAGUACAUAAAUAUAAUCAGCAAUGGCCGAUUAUUUAUUUUUUUUUAAUGGAAAGAUUUUUCAUUUUUCCUUUUUUUUUUUAUUCUACAUAUUACAAAGCUUCAAUAUAAAGGUAUGUAUUUAUUUUAUACGCAGUAUUUUUUUUUUAUUUAUUUUUAUCUUAAAUUCAAUUUUUAAUACUAAAUUAGUAAAAUAUUUAAUAUUUUGCAAUUAUCCGAUUUGUUAAAAAUUUAUGGAUUUGUUAAAGAAUUAAAAAACAAUUUUAAUUGAAAUUUAAUUAAAUCAUGAAUUUUGAGACUUGAUAUAGCGUAUGUGUCCUUUUUGCAUAAUGAUUACAGCUUUAUCUUCUGAAUGUGGUACCACAUUCUGUGUAGGCGGCAGGGUUUCUAGUAUGAUUUCAUUUACAGUUAUAAUUUUUAUAAUCUGACACGAAUUAUGUAAAUUUAAAUAUUUUUUAAAAAUAAAUAUUUGUUUAUUUAGAAAUAUUAAAUUAAAAUAAAUUAAAAAUAAAAAAAAUUUAUUAUACCGUGAGAAUCAACCUUUUUUUGAAAUUGUAAUAAAUAAAAUUAUUACAUUAAUUAAAUUUUAGAUACAAUUUUACAAUACUUUGUAAAUAACAAAAAAAAAUGAAUUAAUUAUCUUCUUUUAAAUAUUUAAAUUUAAAAAAAAAUAAAUAUAAACAUAAAAGUCUCAUUAAAUAAACGGUGAAUUUCAUAAUUGAAUUUUUAUUGGGAAAUAUACAAAAUUUGGUUUAUAAUAACAAUUAAUUUUUACAUAUUAUAAACUUGCAUUUAGAUCAUUUUUAUUUCGUAAUUUUGCUACUUAUUGCAUUAACAUUAAUGUAGAAUCGCAUUUUUAUUGUUUUCCAAAUAUUUUUUACAUUUAAUUGAAAUUUAUAUUUAUAAAUUUUGUAGAAAAAAAGGAAAUAUUAAAAAUAUUAUAUAUUUAAAUAAAAUGCUAUUACUAAAUGUGAAGAAUGAUACAGAAUUAAUGCAAAAAAAAAGAAAUUGUGGUAUUAGAGAGGAAAAAAUAUUCAUUGUUAAUAUAUUUAUAUUUUUAUAAAAAAAAGCAUGAUGCUUUUUUGUGAUUCUCGCUUCUUAGUUGAUUAGUGGCACCUUCUGUAGAUUGCGAGGAAUCAGUGACAUGAGGUUUGCGGACAAAAAAUCAUUUCCUAGCCACAAGGAAAAUACAAAAUCUAACAGUAGUCAUGUCAGAGUUCGUGAUUUGCUGAUUGUAUAUGGAAAAUAAUUACAAUAAAUAUUGUAAUUAGAUAAUUUUAAAAUUAGUCCAAAAUUAACCAACUGUCAGGGGAAUUUAUCGGAAUCCAACAAUGAAUUAAUUAAAUUUUUCUCUUUAUAUUCGCUAAAAAGUUGCUUAAAUCUGUAUUCAACUUUUUAUUUAACAUUUAUUGACUGUAGAAAAUUUUCAAAUCCACAAUAAUAAUGCGAUCUUCUCUGAAUAUGAUAAAAACUAUUUUUAGUCAAAAUUUUGUAUAUUUCUAUUUUUUUUUUAUCUGAUUCACUAGUUUAAAAAAUAUAUAAGCAAAAGGAAAUGUAAAUGUCAUUUCUCAUUUUCAAAAUAUCUGUUUAUGAACUGGGACAUGUAAAAUUUUCUGUAAGGAGAUUGUGGAGUACUAUUUUAAAUUUUGUUAAAAGCAGUAAAAAUAAACUGCUUUGAAAUUUAAUAUUCUUUCACGUUAAUUAAUUACUUUUGAAUAAUACAAAAAAGGUUGAUGUUCAUUGUAAUAAAAACUAAAUAUAAUUUUUAAAAUUGAUAACAAAAAUUUAAAACUAAAUUGUUUAAAUAAUUAUCGAAAAUUAUCUCUUUAGAAGCGAACAAGUUUUUUUUAUUAAAAUUAAAAUGUGACACAGAUAUUACGGUGAUUGAAAAAUGUAGUAGAAAUUUUUUUUGAUGUUUAACAAAUCAUCAUAAAAAAUAAUUAAUAUUAACAAAUUAGUAACUUGCACAUCCAUUUGCAAUAAAUUAAAAAAUUUAUUUCAUGUAAAUAAUCAUUAAUGUCUGUUUGCCUUAUUGGCAUUCAAUUGAAAUCAUUCAUUAUUUAAAUUUUGGAAAAUAUUUCAAAAUUGACAAAACUCACACCAAUUUAUUAAUUAUAAACAUGCUCUUUUGAGAUAAUUAUGCAAGUAAUUAAUUGCAAC